AUGUUCUCCAAGACCUUCCUCGUCACUCUCGUUGCCGUCUCAUCGGUCCUCGCGGCUCCCUUGGAGUCUAGGCAGAUCAACCCUAGCGUUACGCUCUGCAGCAACAAGGACUACAACGAUUGUGACACUGUCCACUUCCACUAUGGCAUCUGCGAGCCUGCUGGGAGACUCAAUGACAAGGUCAGCUCGCUGAACGCCAACGGCCACAAGUGCGUUUUCUACAACGAUACCGGAUGCCGCAACGGCGGCGGCCAAAUUGACACCUCUGGGGCGGUCUCCAACAUUCGAACCCACCCCAACUUCUCCACCAUGAACGAUGACGUCUCCUCCUUCUUGUGCACCCUCUGA